CGCUUUUCAGUUUUUACUUUUUUUUUUUUAUUAUUAUUAUUCCUCAAUCUAAAAAACAUGGUUAGAAAGACAUUCUUAUUCGCUGCUAUCGCCGCCACUUUCUCUGCACUUACACACUCUGUCUUGGCCGACGAAGCCAGUGAUGUCCUCACCUUGUCUGACAAGAACUUUGACAAAGAAGUACUUGACCAAGACUUGAUGUUGGUUGAAUUCUUUGCCCCUUGGUGUGGUCAUUGUAAAGCCCUUGCUCCUGAAUACGAAAUUGCCGCCACUACACUCAAGGACAAGGAGAUCAAGAUUGCCAAGGUCGAUUGUACCGAAAACCAAGACCUUUGUCAAAAGUACGAUGUCCGUGGUUACCCUACCCUCAAGGUCUUCAGAAAUGGUGAGACCUCUGAUUAUAAGGGUGCUCGUAAGGCUGAUGGUAUCGUCAGCUAUAUGCAAAAGCAAGCUUCCCCUCCCGUUACUCAAUUGGAUGCCACCAACUUUGGUGAUUUCUCUACCUCUGACCGUGUUGUUAUCGUUGGUUUUGCCAAGGAUGAAGCAUCCAAGGAAGCUUUGACCGCUGUUGCCAACAAGCUUCGUGAUGAUUACCUCUUUGGUAUUGUUACUGAUGAAGCUUUAGCCAAGGAACAAAAUGUUUCUGAAUUCCCUGCCCUUGUUGUGUACAAGCAAUUCGAUGAAGGACGUAAUGAUUUAGCUGGUGAAUUCAAGGCUGAAGAGAUUGAAGAGUUCAUCAAGACCAACUCUGUUCCUAUCUUGGACGCCAUUGAUGCUUCCAACUUCCAAUCCUAUGCCGAAUCAGGACUUCCUCUUGCCUAUAUCUUCCAUGAUGAUUUAGAGGUCGCCAAAAAGUUGAUUGAGAUGGCUACACCUUUAGCUCAAAAGUACAAGGGAAAGAUUAACUUUGUUCAUAUUGAUGCCAACAAGUUUGGUUCCCAUGCUUCCAACUUGGGUCUUAAGGAACAAUGGCCUGCUUUUGCUAUUCAACAUUUAGACUCCGGAGCCAAGUUCCCUCUUGAACAAACCAAGGAUGUCAGCUUUGAAAACUUGGAACCUUUCCUUGAUGAUUAUGUUCAUGGUAAGAUCAAGGCUACCAUCAAAUCUGCCGAACCUCCCGUUGAUAACAAGGGACCUGUCAAGGUGGUUGUGGCUGACGAGUUCAAGGAUAUUGUACUUGAUAAGUCCAAGGAUGUAUUUGUUGAAGUCUAUGCUCCCUGGUGUGGUCACUGUAAGCGUUUAGAGCCUAUCUGGACCCAAUUGGGUGAGGCCGUGGCUGCUCAAGAUGAUUCCAUCGUGAUUGCUAAAUUAGAUGGUACCGAGAACGAUAUUCCCGAAGAAGCUGGCUUUGAUGUCUCUGGCUUCCCUACCCUCAAGUUCUUCAAGGCUGGUACUAACGAAAUGAUCGAUUAUGAUGGUGAUCGUUCUGUUGAGGAUCUUACCGACUUCAUUAGCAAGCAUAGCUCCAAGAACACAAAGAUCGUCAUUGCUCCUGAAGCUGCUGAAGAAGAAAAGAUCCAAGAAAAGGAACCUGUUGCCACUCACGACGAAUUGUAAAUUUUUCUUUCCUUUGUUAUUCCCCCCACCACUCUUUUUUUGACGCAUAAACCUUCACAUCAGAAAUAAAGCAUUUAUUAUACAUGAAAAAAAAAAAAA